UCCAACAUCACGGCAAACCCGAACACUACCACCACAGAAAACAAUAUGGCGGAGAACACGGCAGCGAGGUUUAUGUGCAGCUUCGGCGGCCAGAUCAGGCACCACGAUGGCGGCGGCAGUAACAACCACCAACACUUCUUUUACUACGGCGGCAACAACAGGAUUCUCGAAGUCGAUCGCAACAUCAGCUUCCACGAUUUGACCGCUGAGCUCUCCGCCCUCUGCGGAGGCGCUGCCAUUAACUUCUUCAAGUAUCUUAUCCCCGGCGACGAUCUCGACACACUCGUUACAGUCACCAACGAUAGAGACCUCGGUUACAUGAUGAGGGAAUAUGAUCUGCACUUCCCAGGUUCUGCUUCCGCUGACCGGAUGAGAAUCUUUCUUUUCUUCGAUCCCGUCCACAACGGUGCUGCCGCAGUAAAUUCCUCCUACGAGUAUCAGGGCGUCAAUGUCAUGGUGAUGAUGAUAGUGACAGUAGUGUUGAUGUUGAUCUUGACGUGGUUGCUGUUGGUGGUGGCGACGGCUGUCGUCGAGGUGGUGAUGGCUAUAAUGGAGGUGAUGGUGGUGGAGUGGUGGUGGUGGUAAUUGUAACGGUGAUAUCGGUAUUGAUGUCUGCUGUCGUCCAUCGUGAUGGUGAUGGAGUGGAGGUGGUGGGUGGGGUAGGGGUGUUGGACUGGUGGCAGUGGACUAGCUAAUGGUGAUGCAGGCGUUGGCGUUCACAAUAAUGGUGUUGGUGUGGGUGGAAUUGACGGAAGAGGUAAAGAAGAAGGGAAGGGUCUAUGUGGUGAUAGAUUGGGAUGUUUGAUUGCUAAGCUCUUUCGCCCCUAAACAAAUGUUAGAAAUUUGAAUUCUGUCUUGAAUACAGCAAUUCAUUUUCCAAUAAGAUACCCUCAAAUUCGCGACGGAUAACGCCAUGUUGGUGGAAUUCAGGGAAGAGAAAGAAGAUAGAAAUGUUUUGGUGCGAUUUUAAUUGAAAAAAAAGGGGAUAAAAUUUGAAUUAUAUAUAUCGUGAAUAAUUUUUAAAAAAAGGAUACAGAGCUAAUAUUAUUAAAAUAUAAAAAAUUAAUUUGAUCGAGAGGGAAAAUGAAACUGACUUAGCGAAAUAAUUUGAGAGAUUAUUUGUUACUAUAUUAAGUAUUAACAGUAUAAAGGAAUAUUAUAUUGUCAUCUAAAUCACUGGCAAGUUGUUGGGGCUUGUGGAGUAGUGGUGUAUGAUACUGUAUGUGAUCUUAAUUUAGCCUGGGAACCUAGGAAGCUUUUUCUGCCUCUGUUGAGGACCAAGAUUCAGGAUCUUGCUGACCCCGGCUAGGUUUGCUGCUCCUGAUGCUCAUACUUGCGCUCAAUAGAGCCAAUUCUCUCGUUAGGUCUUGUUUUCUUUUC